CCUCCUAGCUCCGGCCUCCCUCCUCUUCCAAGUGCCCCUUCUGACCCCCUGAAAUAACUUCCUUCCGCUCCUCGGUUCUUCCACCCCGGCACCCCUCCUUUCGCGCCCGGAGCCAUGAGCAAUUUAGGCGGCUGGCUGAAGAACCAGGCGGCGACCGCGGCCGCGAAGGUGGAGGGGAACUUCAAGGAGAUCCGCGAGAAUGCGAAGGAGCUCACCUCCACGCUGGGCGACACCGUCGCCCAGGACCUGGACCGGGCCAACGAGCUGCGGAGGAAGGUGGAGGCGAAGGCCACGGAGCUCGUCAAGAGGAAGGAGGAGCACGUGCAGGUCACUUUUGGCGAGGGCAAGCUCGAGUGCGAGCUGGACCUGAACAGCGGCGGCAUCGUCAAGACAGUGAAGCCGGGCGGACAGGCCGAGCGCAUCGGGGUGCUGCCCCAGGACCGCCUGGUUGCCAUCGGCGAGGUGGAGCUUCCGGACGGCGACAGCAGGAAGUACAAGGUCUGGUACGGAAACUGCUUGCCUGUGCUCGUGGCUCAGUCUCUGAGUGAUCUGGCGCCCAGGCGCAUGGGCACCCUUCACGACAAGUGGCUCCGACGACCAGCCCCGGAGGCUGGAGACGCCCUCGGCGCCGACGAGGACCUCGAGCACACGGCGAUCCGAAUGCGGCAACUGUUGGAAGUGGGGGAGCUCCAACGGGCGUCUGCGCGGAUCCUGGAACCCACUCCGCUGGCGCGCGGGUCAGAUUUGCUUGGGCGCGUACAGAACCUCUUCCCGACCGAGGGGGCCACGGCGUUGCCCUUGCCUCCGCCGACGCCCCUCUCGCCGUACCACCAGGAGGCCUUCCGGGGGUCGCUGGCGAAAUCCCUCUCCCACACGCCGAGGCGCGUUGCUGCGAGUUUGGGGGGCUCUUGCUAUGAGCACUGGCGAGCCCUCCUGCACGUGGUCGGCGGCGGCAGCAAGGUGGGAGCCUUGGCACUGGCGGUGGCAGAGGGGCGCCUGCCAUCCGCGGUACUACAGGCGCUGGCACGAGGGCGGGUCAUCCCACUGCAGAAGCCGGGCGGCGGCGUCAGGGCCGUCGUGGUGCAGAACACCCUCUUGAAUCUGCUCCAGAAAGCGCUGGCGCAGCUGCUGGGGUUGGUCGGCCGUGCCUGCCUGGGCGCCGAUCGUCCGGCGUUUGCUGGGGCAGACGCGGAACACUUGCUGGUGGCCGACGCCGGCACGCACGUCCCCAUCCAGGUGCGGCGCGGGGUGAUGCAGGGCGGGCCGCUCUCGCCGCUCCUGUUCGCGCUGGGCAUUGCCCCCGCCGUCCGCACGGUCGACGCGCACUUGGAGCAGCUCCAAGUCGGGCGGGAGAUGGCCGCAUACACGGAUGAUGUCGACGUCUUCCUGCCGCCACCUGCGAUGCCGAACGUCUUCCUGGCGGCGGGGCCAGCCUUCGCACAAGCCGGCCUGCGGCUCAACGCCACGACGACCACCUACUGGCGACCAGAGGGCGCCGCCGACCCAAGCUUCGCGGCGCCGGCGACGCAAGCACGCGUGCCGGUGGCUAGGUUACGGCAGCCGGCCACGUUCCGCGUCCCCCUGGACGUCGGGGCCCGCGGCACGGCCGAGGCGGCAGCAGAGGUUUGGCAGGCUUUUCUGCAGCGCCGGCAGGGCGCCUGCACGCGGCUUCAGCUACUGGUGGACGCCAGGCUGGGCAGGAACCAAGGGAUGUGCCUCCUUAGUGCGAUCACGCCCUCGGACAUCACCUUCCACCUGCGCACGCUCCCCGCCGACAACUCCACCCUGGCGCAGCUGGAGGACCUGGCGACGCGGACGCCCCUGCUGGCGGCGCGGCUGGAGCAGCUCGUGACCACGCUUGCGGGGGCAGGGGUGCAGACGCACGACGACGUGCGGGCGGGGGUGACGCAGCCGCGGCGCCACCUGCAACGGCUCUGGGGGAAGACGCUGGCGGAAACGGCACGGGACGCGCUGCUCGACGAGCUCCCGCAGGACUUGCGCGCGCUGCUCCGCUCGGCCGGUGGACCGGGCGCCGGCGCGUGGCUGCUGCCGGCAGAAGAGGGCGAGGAGUGGAUGCCGGACGACGAGUUUUCGGUGGCCUUCCACUUGCGCUUGGCGCUGCCCUUGCAUUUGCCGCCGGCGUGCGCGGCCUGCACUCGCGCCGGCGUGCCGGCCGCGCAGGCGCAGCAGGACGCCCUGGGCGUCCACGCGCUGUGCUGCUCGCGGGGCCCCGGACACACGGGCCGGCACGGGCGAGUCAAGCACGCCUGGGCCCGCGUGCUCGAGGACGCGCUGGGCGCCCCGCCGCUGGUGGAGCAGGUGAUCCCUGAGUGGGGCGCCGCCGAUGGGCGCGAGGCGCGGCUCGACCUGAGCUUCGCUCUCCCAGGAGGCCGGACCCGCCACGCGGACGUCGGCCACCCGAACGGCCGGAGGUCUGUGGCGAGGGCCGCGUCCGCGCGAGAUGGCGGCCUCGCGCUGGCGCUGGAGCGCCUGAAGCGGACCCGCUACCCGCACCCAGAGUUGGUCCCGCUCGCCCUGAAGAGCGGCGGCCGGAUGGGGCCGGCAGGGCUGGCGCUCAUGCGGACGCUCCACGGGCAGCUGCCGCCGGGCGAGAAGGCCGUGGCGAUGCGCCAGGCAUACAGGCGCGUCACCACGGUUCUGCAGCGGGCGCAGCGCGGGUUGGCCGAGUCGGGCGGCGACUCGGCCAUUUCCCGCGCGGGCGGCGGCGGCGGCCGCCGGGGCGCCGGCAGCGGCCCACGCGCGCGGCGGCGCGGGGCGCUCCCGCCCGAGCGCGGGUUGGCCGAGUUGGCCGGCGACUCGGCCACGUCCCGCGCGGACGGCAGCGGCGGCCGCCGGGGCGCCGGCAGCGGCCCCCGCAGGCGCGCGGCGCGCGGGCCCGAGCGCGGGUGCGGCGGUGUCGGCGCGGACACGCCGCAUCAGCCCGCGGGCCUUGCAGCGGCGGGGGCGGCCGACGUGGAGCAGGCCCAAGACGCCGACGACGAGGCCACCGACGACGAGGCGCCUCGUGAGAGCGCAGCCAAACGGCCUCGUAAGGGCUCCAAGUUCGACCAGGAGCUGAACGCCAUGGCCGUCAAAGCUUCCGUGCCUGCUGCUCAGCACGCGCAGGCUGUGGUCGCUUGUGAAGUCAUGUUUCGGGUGCUCGCCAUUAGCAGUUUCGUUAUUCAGGCGCGGCGGAAAGUGGCGAGCCAUUUGUGCAAGGUCGACCUCGCCAGUCUCCUGAGCUACGAUCUCGUGGAAUACGGCAUAUGCGAACACCGUCGGCUGCUCACUAAGAGGCGCAAGCGCCGGGGAAAGAAGACCCUUCCAGACUCACACUUCUACCGCACCCACGUCGACGGAAUCCGCAAGGCGCGGGCCCAGAUGGUCAAGGCACUUAAGCAGAAAUACAAGUACAGGUGA